AUGGCCGACUCACCUCGCUAUGCAAUGGGCACACAGUCCUCUCAACGGCGAACCAGCCCAAUUCGUAAAGGACAGCUGGAGCGUCCUGGCACUCCAACACGCCGACCAACCACGCCUACCCUCGGCCGUCGUCCAACAACUCCAACCCUGGGCCGCCGGGCCUCCAACACUUCUCUUCGUCGCCAGGGUUCGAAUACAGCCCUCAACCGUCCUGUCACCCCCACUGCAACGGAGACGCCAGAUGGUGACCCAGUGAAGGUUGGUUGGGUCACCACUCCAAAGACUGGCGCAUCGCCAGGAAGCCCAGACGCUCCAGCACGUAUCUUACCUGCUAUCCCCGAGAGUCCUCUUGUUAUGCCAUCACCUCGGUCGCGACAAGUCUCUCGUGCUGGUAUCACGCCUCGCUCUCGACAGGUUUCGACGACCGAUGCAGCUCCUCGUUCACGUCAGGUCUCGCAGACUCUACCGGCUCCGGAGAUCGAUCGUACUCCCUAUGCUACCCAAGCGCCCGAGAUCAAAGUUCCUCCAACUGUCGUCCAUGCUCCUCUUGUCAGAGCGACACCGAGUAUAGGUCGUGUGCCCAAAGUUCGAUCGGCCCCCAAGGUUGCAGUUGUUUCAAAUGUUCGAUUCUUAGUAGGCAACAUUAUCAUUCCGUCAGCUACAGGACCUCCUAGAACUGCAAAGAGCCCAGUGGUGGCAUCUCCUCCCGUUGUCGUGCCGGUUUCUGUGGCUCGGGUUGUGCCUGGCGUUGCUCCUGCGCCCCAUGCUGCUCCUAUCCCACUUUCGGCACCUCUUCCAGUUAUUACACUGGUACCUAUCAUCGCUAGGGCUCUGGCUACUGCUCUUGCGCCACGUGUUUCUGAUAUCCCCAGCGUUGCUCGGCUACCUUUGACUCAAGAGGCUCCCAAGUCGACGCUAGCUUCAAGGUCAACAAAGGUCCCCAAGGCUUUACUGCCGCCUCCCAUUAGACUCCUCCUUAGCCAGGCGUAA